UGUUAUCCGCGUAGUUGGGUAGACACCAUGAGGAGAUUGUGUGGAGCCAAAGGCCCUAUCCACUCCCCACUCGCUGAUCUCUUUCUUUCGAUCUGUGAGCGUGAGCAUCAUCAUAAUUAGAGUAGUGUUGUAACGAGGAGUUGUUUUAUCGCAACAGCUUUAUCCUAGUGUUUGUUCUCUGAUAGCGAUCGAAUUAAGCAAAGCAAUGACGAACGCGGCAGUUACGGGAUUCUCCGUUCCCAAGAUGCACCUGCACAAUACUAGAGCUCUGCAUCCCAUGAAAACAGAUCAGACGAACUCAUUCCCAACAGUACCUAAUUAUCUGAAGCGAUUGAGAACUUCGACCGUGUGGAACAGUAGGAGCCACCCUCUGCAGGUGAACAAGGAAUCUUCAAGUUCAUGGAGGGUGAAUGCUUUGCCUCCUCUGAUGGCUGUGAUGAUCGAGCAUGUCACUGGUCAAAGAGAUUACAUCGUCCACAAAUCUGUAUGGCAUCUCACUGAUGAGGCGAUGAAAAAUGUUUAUACCAUGUAUAUCAUGUUUACAUGCUGGGGUUGCUGUUUCUUCGGAUCUACAAAGGAUCCAUUCUACGACGGAGAGGAGUACAGGAAAGAUGGAGGAGACGGAACAGUGCAUUGGUACUAUGAGAAGCAAGAAGAUAUAGAAGCAGCAGCAAGGGCAGAGCUGUGGAGAGAGGAGUUAAUUCAAGAAAUCGAGCAAAAGGUCGGAGGGCUUAGAGAGUUGGAGGAGGCUGCAAGCAAGGAAGAGGAACUCGUCAAAUACAACGUUAGGCCACAUACAUCUUCAUACGACCAAUACUACACAACGUCCUACAAAGUCGCAGCGGGAAAAAAAAAAUUUGGGUUUACAUCAAAAUCGCAAAAAGGUUUGCCAGAUUAAUUGAUUCAAAGUAUAGCGACAAGAUUGGUAUUGUGAAAUAGGAAUCAAGGAGUAAGAAAAACCAAACGACUAUCUAUGAGAUUGAUAUAUUAUAAGAAGGACAAAUUUUUAAUUUA